AUGUCCCCAUCUCCGGUGGAUAUUGAUGCCUCUCCGGGGCAAGAGGUCGGCGUUGUAUCAACUGUGAAGCAGCUCACUCGAAGUUCGAUGCCUCCACCUUCAGCAGAUUGGACUAAUCAGUUCAGUCCAAGUGGAGUGGACGAAUAUCACCCAUUUGUUGAAGCUCUGCUGCCGUAUGUGAAAGAUUUCUCAUAUGUGUGGUUCAAUUUACAAGCCGCAAAGCGUCGCUAUUUUAAACGUCAUGAAAAACGAAUGACGUUAGAAGAAGAAACGGGUGUCAAAGAUGAACUCAUGAACGAACGAGCGGAAUUAAAGCAGAAAUGGGCAGCGCGGUUGUUAGGGAAGCUCCGGAAGGAUAUUCAACCUGAAUAUAGGAACGAUUUUGUCUCUUCGGUUACGGGACAACAGCCAGCCGUGUGCGUUUUGUCUAAUCCGGACCAGAAAGGGAAAAUGCGCCGUAUCGAUUGUUUGAGACAAGCCGAUAAAGUGUGGCGGUUAGACUUGGUCAUGGUCAUUCUUUUCAAGGGCAUUCCAUUGGAAAGCACGGAUAGCGAGCGACUGGAAAAAUGCGCCGAAUGCGUUUUUCCUGCGGUCUGUGUGAACCCAUACCAUAUUUCUAUAGCUGUACGCGAAUUGGACUUAUUUCUUGCAAACUUCAUUCGUACCGGUAAUCCUGACGAAAAAGAGGCACAGGAUGAGAAAAUGGAUGAGAAGAAAGUGGAUAUCUUAAUGGGAGAUAUGAGUCCUGAAGGGAUCUGGGGUACCGGAGUCUUCUCGGCGUACGAACUUAAGUCGUUAACAAAACCAUCUAUCGUUACUUGUUCCGCCUUGAACGGUCGAACGGUCGCUCCUGCCAUCUUGCGAAAGAAUGACCGAACAUCAUGGAUAUCUGCGCUGUCGUCGAACAAUUCACCUCUAGACGGAAGUCUUCCAUCUUCUCCACCUGCCAGUGCAAUGGCAGCUAUUAAAGCGCUUGCGGAGUCUGAAUGCCACUUAACAUCAGCGACUACAUCUGGCGGAUCAUUACGAUCAGCGGCUUCUAUUCCCCAAGUUGGCGCUGUUGUUACAGUUGGUGUGAAUGCUGAUUCGAAACACUCAGUUUUAACUUAUUCUGCGGGUGAUAAUGAGGAAGAUUCGAACGAAAAACGAAGUCGACAUGCGUCGCGCGACUCGGCCGCUAGCAGUACCAAUGAGGAAGUGAGGCGGAUUGUGGAACGAGCUGGAGAUGGGUGGAAUGGCGGACUGAUUGGCGAUGAUUUGGUAGCAAACGAUGCUACGUCACGCGCGGAAUUUCUGGAAAAAGGACAGCGGGUAGUGCUUCAGCGAGACGGUCAUCGAUUUGUAAAAGUGGUUCAAGGGUACGUUUUCGAACAAUGA